CUCGUGUAAUAUUAAUAGUCAUGAAUAUCAAUUAUUAUGAGGCGGUGUAGGCAAGCGGAGGGAGGAAGGGGCGCUGGAGCAGUCUGAGCCCAGCUUCGGGUGGAAGAGGACUGUAUCUGGAGCCCCGAAGAGCGGCAGAAGAAAAGAGGCCAAAAAGACAGCAAGAGACCCGAUGAACAGCUCUGUCUAUGUUAGUCCACACCUAUUCAUCCAUGGACCGGCACGAUGGCGUCCCGAGCCACAGUUCCAGGCUCUCACAGCUGGGCUCGGUGUCUCAAGGACCUUACUCCAGCGCCCCGCCGCUGUCCCACACCCCGUCGUCAGACUUCCAGCCGCCCUACUUCCCGCCUCCCUACCAGCCGCUCCCCUACCACCAGAGCCAGGACCCCUACUCCCACGUCAACGACCCCUACUCCCUGAACCCACUGCACCAGCCCCAGCAGCAUCCCUGGGGGCAACGGCAGCGGCAAGAAGUGGGUUCAGAAGCUGGCUCUCUCCUGCCCCAGCCUCGGGCCGCCUUGCCCCAGCUCUCGGGCCUCGACCCCCGGAGGGACUACCACUCGGUCCGCCGGCCGGACGUGCUGCUGCAUUCGGCGCACCACGGCCUGGACGCGGGCAUGGGUGACAGCCUCUCGCUGCACGGCCUCGGCCAUCCCGGAAUGGAAGACGUCCAGUCAGUUGAAGAUGCCAAUAACAGCGGCAUGAAUCUAUUGGACCAGUCUGUCAUAAAAAAAGUUCCGGUUCCUCCCAAAUCUGUGACUUCUCUGAUGAUGAAUAAAGAUGGCUUCCUGGGAGGCAUGUCCGUCAACACCGGCGAGGUAUUUUGCUCGGUCCCGGGCCGUUUGUCUCUGCUCAGUUCAACUUCAAAGUACAAAGUAACUGUGGGAGAAGUUCAGAGACGGCUUUCGCCCCCCGAAUGCCUCAAUGCGUCUCUCCUCGGCGGCGUCCUCAGAAGAGCCAAAUCGAAAAAUGGGGGGAGAUCUUUGCGAGAAAGGCUAGAAAAAAUCGGUUUGAAUUUACCCGCGGGCAGGCGCAAAGCAGCAAAUGUCACGUUACUCACCUCCCUGGUGGAAGGAGAAGCUGUUCACUUAGCUCGGGAUUUUGGGUAUAUUUGCGAAACAGAGUUUCCUGCUAAAGCUGUUUCUGAGUAUUUGAACCGGCAGCACACGGACCCCAGUGACCUGCACUCCCGAAAGAAUAUGCUGCUCGCUACAAAGCAACUUUGUAAAGAAUUUACGGAUCUGCUGGCGCAGGACCGGACGCCAAUCGGGAACAGCAGACCUAGCCCUAUCCUGGAGCCGGGGAUCCAGAGCUGCCUCACGCACUUCAGCCUCAUCACGCACGGCUUCGGAGCCCCGGCCAUUUGCGCCGCACUCACGGCCCUGCAGAACUAUCUCACCGAGGCGCUCAAAGGCAUGGACAAGAUGUUCUUGAACAACACCACCACUAACAGGCACACGUCUGGGGAAGGCCCAGGUAGUAAAACUGGCGACAAGGAGGAGAAACACAGGAAAUGAAAAAUUAAAAAAAAAAAAAAGAAAGAAAGAAAGAAAAAUGUUUUAAAUACAAAAGGAAAACAGAAAAAAAAUUUAAUUUUAGCUUUAAAAUGUUGGAUUGGCUUUGGAAGAAUUAAUUAUAUUAGGUAGAAUACACAUACAAUCAAAUUUUAAAAAAAGAGCUAAAUAACUUUAAAAAAAAAAAACUGAGGCUUACAACGGAGCAACAAUAUCGGUUCUCAGUGUCUAUUUCAAGAUACACUUGGAGACAAACGUCCGGAUUUUCCACUUCGGUUCUUUCGAGCUUAGUAAUACUGAUAAUAAAAGAAAACCAUGAUUUUCCCCCUUUGGAAAAAUAAACAUAAGACUAAACAUGAGAAAACGCUAACUUAUUGGAAGAAAAUCGGAGAAACAUUGUUGGUGUCAGUGCUUUGAGAGUUGGUUGACUGAGACGCACGAACUUUUUAAUUUUUAAUAUUUUUUUAGGAAACUCUCGCAGUCCCCGCCCUUGCCCCUCACCUCACCCCUCUCCCAACCACCC